CGCAGCUGCCUGCCCGCGCGUCCCGGGCCCUGGGAGUGGCGCGGGCUCCGGAGCCGCCGCCGCGCCGUGCAGAAAAGGCCCGAAGACGCCAGCGGAGCCCGCGCCGCCGCAGACAAUGAACCCGCGGGCGCCGCCGCCCGCCCCGGGCCCCGCGCGCCGCGGCAGCACCUGCCGGCGAGACCGUCCCUGCGCCUGACCGUCCGCCCUCCCGCCGCUCCGUCCCCCACCCCGCGGGCCCAUGGCCGGGCUCCUCGGGCCGGGACCACCGCACUCGGGCCGCGCCGCGCGCCGGCCCACGGUCUUCAGCGGCACCGUCCCCGCAGCUUGAGCGCGGCCCUCGCGGCGAGUAGGGGGCGUGGGCCCUCUCCCGGCGCGCCCGCCCGUCCCUGCGUCCCGGCCCGCGGCUAACUGGAUGCAGCGGAGCCCGGGCGGGCGGCGCGGCGGCCGCGGCCCCGGACGAUAUGUAUCUGCUGGACGGCAGCGGCGAGCCCGCGUCUCCGCCUGCGGACGCGAUGCCGCGCGGGACGCCCCCCAGGAAGACCGUUUACCGCAUCUCGGUGACCAUGGUCAGGAAGGAGCAGCUGGCCGCCCCGGGCCCCGGCGGCCCCGACCCGCGCCCCGCGCGGAGGUUCCGGCCCGCGCGCUCCCCGGACGCGCCUGAGCGGCUGGUGGAAGAGGAGGAGGCGGAGGAGGAGGAGGCGGCGGCGGUGGUGGUGGCGGCGGGCACGGAGGACCCAGAGGGCCGCCGGCCGCGCGCCUGGGACUUCCGCACUUACCGCACCCGCAGCACCGGGCAGCUGGAGCUCGGGCGGCUCCGGCCGUGCGCACGCGGCACCGGGCCAACGGACGUGGCUGGCAGUCCCCCGGCCUUGAAGCAGGAGCCCAGCUCCCCUGCGCCCUGUAGCCCCGACGUGGAAGGGGCCCGGGCCGCGCCACUGCGGCGGAGCCUCAGCUUCAGACACUGGAGCGGGCCCGAGACUCCACGGGACCCGGCCCUGGGCCGCGGAAGGUGCCACAGCAGCUCCGGGAGCCUGGCCUGGGCGCCGGGCGGCGAGGCCGUGGCCGACCCCGGCGUCAUCCCGGAGCCCGCGCCCGCCGCGCAGCCCGCUUCAGAGAAACGCAACACCCUGGACGUGGGCGAGGUGCUCAGCAAGAACGAUGCGCUCUCGGACCUGGAGCGCUGGGAGCGCAGUAAGAGCAAGAACCGCACGCUGGACAACAGCGACCUGCAGCGGCUGGAGCGCGCGCGGGCCGCUGCCGCUGGCCCCAGCGCGGCCUCGGAGCACAGGCUGCUGCGCUUCUUCAGCGGCAUCUUCGCGCGCAGGGACGGCGCGCCCGCCGGCGGGCCCGCCCCGCGGAGCAUUCCCUCGCGGCCCCGCGGCUACUUCAGCCUGCGGCGCGCGCCGGCCGACGCGCACUCGUCCAGCGCCGAGAGCAUCGAUGGGUCCCCACGCAGAGACGCCUUCGUGAACAGCCAGGAAUGGACGCUCAGCCGCUCCGUCCCGGAGCUCAAAGUGGGGAUCGUGGGCAACCUGGCCAGUGGCAAGUCGGCGCUGGUGCACCGCUACCUGACCGGCACCUACGUCCAGGAGGAGUCUCCCGAAGACAUGGACGCAGGUGGCAGAUUCAAGAAAGAGAUUGUGGUUGACGGACAGAGCUAUCUGCUGCUGAUUAGAGAUGAAGGGGGCCCCCCAGAGGCGCAGUUUGCCAUGUGGGUGGAUGCUGUCAUAUUUGUCUUCAGCCUGGAAGACGAGAUCAGUUUCCAGACCGUGUACCACUACUACAGCCGGAUGGCCAGCUACCGGAACACGGGCGACGUCCCGCUGGUCCUGGUGGGCACCCAGGACGCCAUCAGCUCCACCAACCCGCGGGUCAUCGACGACGCCCGGGCGCGGAAGCUCUCCAGCGACCUGAAGCGCUGCACCUACUACGAGACGUGCGCCACCUACGGCCUGAACGUGGAGCGCGUCUUCCAGGACGUCGCCCAGAAGAUCGUGGCCACGAGGAAGAAGCAGCAGCUCUCCAUAGGGCCCUGCAAGUCACUGCCCAACUCCCCCAGCCACUCGUCCGUCUGCUCCGCGCAGGUGUCCGCCGUGCACAUCAGCCAGACCAGCAACGGGGGCGGCAGCCUGAGCGACUACUCCUCCUCCGUCCCGUCCACGCCGAGCACCAGCCAGAAGGAGCUGCGCAUCGACGUGCCGCCCACGGCCAACACGCCCACGCCCGUCCGGAAGCAGUCCAAGCGCCGCUCCAACCUCUUCACCUCUCGGAAAGGGAGCGACCCCGACAAGGAGAAGAAGGGCCUGGAGAGCCGGGCGGACAGCAUCGGCAGCGGCCGCGCCAUCCCGAUCAAACAGGGCGUGCUGCUGAAGCGCAGCGGCAAGUCUCUGAACAAGGAGUGGAAGAAGAAGUACGUCACCCUGUGCGACAACGGCGUGCUGACCUACCACCCCAGUCUGCACGACUACAUGCAGAACGUCCACGGCAAGGAGAUCGACCUGCUGCGCACCACCGUGAAGGUCCCCGGGAAGAGGCCGCCCCGCGCCACGUCGGCCUGCGCGCCCAUCUCCAGCCCCAAAGCCAACGGCCUGUCCAAGGACAUGAGCACUUUGCACAUCUCACCGAGUCCCGGGACUGUCACUAGUGCGUCCGGGCCCCAGAUGGCCGGCGGCGUCAGCCUGGGCUCCUUCGGCAGCCGGCCGGACGGCAUGCAGCAGCGGUCCUACUCCGUCUCCAGUGCCGACCAGUGGAGCGAGGCUACGGUCAUUGCAAACUCGGCCAUCAGCAGUGACACGGGGCUGGGCGACUCGCUGUGCUCCAGCCCGAGCAUCUCCAGCACCACCAGCCCCAAGCUCGACCCGCCCCCCUCCCCCCACGCCAACAGAAAGAAGCACCGGAGGAAGAAAAGCACCAGCAACUUCAAAGCCGACGGUCUGUCGGGCACCGCUGAAGCCAAACGCAAAGCGUGGAAACUAAACCGUGUUGGUAGCCUGCGAAAUAUAUACAGCAGCAGCAGCACCAACACCGAAGAGCAUGAGGAAAACUUCGAGUUCAUCAUCGUGUCCCUCACUGGUCAGACGUGGCACUUCGAGGCCACCACGUACGAAGAGAGGGACGCGUGGGUCCAAGCCAUCGAGAGCCAGAUCCUGGCCAGCCUCCAGUCGUGUGAGAGCAGCAAGAAUAAGUCCCGGCUGACGAGCCAGAGCGAGGCCAUGGCCCUGCAGUCGAUACGGAGCCUCCGCGGGAACUCUCACUGCGUGGACUGCGAGACCCAGAACCCCAACUGGGCGAGCUUGAACCUGGGCGCCCUCAUGUGCAUCGAGUGCUCGGGCAUCCACCGCAACCUCGGCACCCACCUGUCCCGGGUCCGGUCGCUGGACCUGGACGACUGGCCCGUGGAGCUCAUCAAGGUGAUGCUGUCCAUCGGGAACGAGCUGGCCAACGGCGUCUGGGAGGAGAACUGCCAGGGGCGGGCGAAGCCCUCGCUGGACUCCACCAGGGAAGAGAAGGAGCGGUGGAUCCGGGCCAAGUACGAGCAGAAGCUGUUCCUGGCCCCGCUGCCCUGCACCGAGCUGUCCCUGGGCCAGCACCUGCUGCGGGCCACGGCCGACGAGGACCUGCGGAUGGUCAUCCUGCUGCUGGCGCACGGCUCCCGGGACGAGGUGAACGAGACCUGCGGGGAGGGGGACGGCCGCACGGCGCUGCACCUGGCCUGCCGCAAGGGCAACGUGGUCCUGGCGCAGCUGCUGAUCUGGUACGGGGUGGACGUGAUGGCCCGCGACGCCCACGGGAACACGGCGCUGGCCUACGCGCGGCAGGCCUCCAGCCAGGAGUGCGUCGAGGUGCUGCUGCAGCACGGCUGUCCGGACGAGCGCGCCGCGCUCAUGGCCACGCCCAACCUGGCCCGGAAGAGCGCCGGACGCAGCGGCGGCGGCGGGCGCGUGCCCACCGUCAUCUGAGGCGUGUCCGCGCCCCCGCCCGCCGCCCCUCCCUCUUCCCGGUGGUCCCGGCCACCCCCCGCCACCCCCCGCACCUGCAGCGAAGGCGCCGGCCCUGGACAGCCCGGCCCGCACGGGGCGGAGACGGGGCCGCGCUGCCGGGGCGCCGUCCCCACGGACCCCCCCAGUCGACACCCGGGAGCGGCCGACGGGACUCAGUCGGCUGACGACAGCACAAGGCGCAGGGACCCCGUGCCCGCGGCCCGCAGACAGAGCAUGGCACAAGGCGCGGGGCGGACGGGCGGGGGCGGGGCGGCGCCGGGGCGGGCAGCCCUCCCGCGCGCGGCCCGGCGCAUCAGCACAUCUCACCUCCACCGAACGGAACGCGCGCAUCCGUCUGCGCUCCUCUCCGGGGGGCUUGACGGCGUAAAUCAGCAGCGAGCCGAGUUUGUCAGGUUCGAAGCCCCUAUGAUGGUGUGUGUCAAAUCGGUUGUAGCUAAUCUGUCCCGGGAGCACGCUGGCUUCAUUACACCCGUGCAGUCGAGCUCCGGCCGCGUGACCGCGGUUUAAUAGAACCUGAUUAGUCACCGCCGCGGAGGAAGCCUGUUAGCCGGGCGGCGGCCACGCGGCACGCUCCGCUGAGCGCCGCGAUGUGAUUGCGGCACCCGUGGAAGCGCCGUAUUACCGCAGACAUGUUCUGCCGAGCCCUCGGAGCCCUCCCUUCUAAAUCCACUGUCAUAAUUUAGUCUCCGUUUAAUUUUUCAGUCCAGAGAGGGGGGAGCGGUCGUCAGGAGUGUCUGACUGCAGUCUCCUUGGUGCGAAAACAGAAUGGGGAAAAUAAAUGAGAGGAACUCAGACUCAGAAGGAAACCACGGUCUCAGCUGACAGGGACGCGUCGGGGGCCUUGAGCCGACGGGCGAGCCGCACGAAGGGUCCUUUUGCCCCCGGAACAGGAGAGAGGUUCUGUGUCCUUUCGCCAAGGUGGACAUCUCGGGUCCCCGUCACUCCCGGGCCACGGUGCCCAACUCACACAGGCUUCUGUAUUAUGUCUUCAGACACGAUGUGUGGAAAUCUAUUUGAAUAAAAGAAGUUCAUAAAUA